UGUAUGGGAUGGAUCAGGACUGGGCUCCUGCUGCUCUUUCACUUCUGCUUUGUUUGAAGUGUUGUGCAGGAGAAAAAAACCCCGCUGAAAAGAUAAAGAGAUUCGUGGAAAGUUUUGUCGGUAGUACUAAUGGUCUAUCUGCCGUCUCCCCUUGUCGAGAAGAUGGUGGUCUCGUUUCGGUGAGCAAUGGCACUGUCCAGCUGUCCAGUUCCUGUGUUGAUUGGUGACUCCACCCUAGGUGACUGGCGGGUGAUUGGAUCUGGUGGUUUUGGACAGAUCUAUAAGGCCAGGCAUCUUCAGUGGGGAUGGGAUGUAGCUAUUAAGUUACUUCACUAUGAUGACGGCAACAGGUCCUCCUUGCUUUAUGAGGCCGACAAAAUGCGUCAAGGAGGUAGCCCCUUUGUUUUGCGGGUCCUCGGGGUCUUCCAGGGCCGACCGCCCUCCUCUGAGACAUCCACACGGCUAGGACUAGUCAUGGAGUUUAUGGAGAGAGGGUCCUUGGCUUUCCUGCAGGAAACCCUCUGUGGACCCCCACCCUGGCCAUUGGCCUUUAGACUGGCACACCAAGUGGCUUUAGGCAUGAACUACCUCCACUGCCUCUCGCCUCCCAUCCUCCACCUGGACCUAAAACCCAGCAACGUGCUACUGGACCCCAGCCUUAAUGUUAAGCUCACAGAUUUUGGCCUGGCCAGGUAUUACCACAGUGUCACUCGGGGGUCCGGAAACAAAGAGGAAGGGGGCACCAUCAGCUACAUGCCCCCAGAGGCCUUUGACAUAUCCUACUAUCCCACACUGGCCUCUGAUAUCUACAGCUAUGGGAUACUCCUGUGGUCCGUUGUCAUGGGUAAAGAGCCAUAUCCCUACGCCAUCUCCAGCAUGGUGCGGCUACGAAUCCCCCAGGGGGACAGACCCUCCACGGUUGAGAUCAACCCAGGGAGGGCUGAGGGCCUCAGGGAUCUGGUGGUGCUUAUGGAGAGAUGCUGGGACAUGAAGCCCACCCAAAGACCCUCAUUCCGAGAGUGUUCUUCUGUGACAGAGAAGCUAUAUGAGAAACACAGGAAUGUGAUUAACUACGCCAUCCAUCAAGUACUGCUAAAAUUGGAUCAACAGGAAGAAGAGAGAAGACCAGUCGAGGGGGUUGGCCUGAGCCACGUCACUCGGCAAUUAGAGAGUCCCAAAGUCACAGCUCAGACAGUGACCAAUAAUGUGCCGAUGGGCUUCCUGCCAACUCAGGAAAUGGCUGACAGUUUGAAGACACCUCAAAGAAACAAAACAAGCGGCAAAGGUCAGCCCACACUGCAGCCAUCAAGAGCAUUUAGGAGAGGAUCUUCCGGUUCCUCCUCUAAAGUGCCGGGCCCUUCAACAUCUCAGGACAGGAAAAUGAAACCUUCCCCAUUGUCCAGCAGGCCAAACCAGUUUGGAGGAUACCAGCGUCAGUUUUCCAACCCGGAGGCCUCCCGCCACAAACCCAAUCCACACCCCACGGGUGGGGUGUCCAUCUCCAUGAGCAAUGUGAUGGGAAUACAGUUAGGCAAUGAUAACGUCAUGUACAUCCACAACAUGGGCAUCUAUGAAAGGAGACGCCACCCUACAGCGCCUUCCAGUGUUAACAUCCCACCACCCAAUUCAGGAAGUCACAGGGGCAAGACAGGAAAUGUUGGCUAAGUUGGGAGGGGGGGGGAUUUCUUGUGUUACGCACUGAUUUACAAAAAAAAGAUGUUUUCCCUUUCUCAUGCAACAGAAAUAAUUUUAUAGCACUCUUUCUUUUUCAUGAGCUCUCUUAGAAUGGCUUUCAAUUGAAAAGCUGUGUUCUGAUAGUAUCCAGCUUUUAAUAAACCAGUGUUUUGCCCUUUUGAACCCAUUGUGCAUGUGUAUUGUGCAAAAAAGAGAACCUCAAAAGCAGAACCUGACUUACGCCUGGUCAGCAGUGUAAAUACGACUUGACUGUGGUCUUAGUUCUGCCUUUUCCCUUAGUGUGGUCAACAGACUUCAACAAUGAAUGCUAAAAAGGUCUAUGGAAGCCAGAAAUAACUUGUAAACCAGGCUGAUCUAAUUGGACCGGGACCAUAUAUUAGAGUUUUCCACAUUCCAAAUACAUUUCCACUUUUGAAGUUUGAUUGAGCUCACUCGGGGGCCAGGUGGGUGAGGUGUGAUUAUAAUGGAUGACCAAGUUUUGAAAAUCGCAGCAAGUAGUCUUGUGUAUCUUAAUAUGCUAGCUAAAUCAACCUCAUGCCAAAAAAACACAUCUAUCUGAUUGCCAAUGCAGGCUGAAACUAACGAGCCAUUGUUCACAAAUGCAGUUGAUGUAUUUACUUCUGCAAUGAAAUAUGAAUCUUCUUCCUCAAACCCUUUAAAACCAAGAAUGUCUAAUAUGUAGCGCCCCCCAGCCCAUAUAUGUGGUACUGGAAGUGAUGCCCUGGGUUCUAUAAACCUUUAUAUUGUAGCGAAUUCGGGGGACAACGCAACCACAGGAGCAGCCGCGGCCGGGAAGCGAACCUGUAUCGCCCGCACCGCAGGAGGCAUCGCUAACCGCUAGACUAAAGGGUCAAACCCGCGAAUGGGCGGCCAGCGUGUCUACUAAUCCAUGCACGUUACAAUAUUAAAUCUAAUGUUUCUAAUGUUCUCUUCACUGUAUAUUCCUUAAUCAAAUAAACUAACU